AUGGCUGGCUCUUCUCUUGACGAGCUACUCAACGCCCCAGAGUCCCAAAUCCGCUCUGUCCUUCGCGCCCUCUGCAGCGAUAGAACGGUCCAGCGACACGCCCUCGAACACUUUGACGCGCUCAAGGAGGGCAGCAGUGGUGGUGGACAGAAGCGCAAGGCGGCUGGUGAGCUCUUGAUAUGCGUGCAGUGCGACCAGCCUUUUACCGAGGAAGAAAACGAUAAAAAGGCGUGUUGGUACCACUGGGGAGAGCUUGAGGUUGAUUAUGAUGGCGACUUUUGGGCGGACCACGAUGAGAGAUGCCAUGGAACUAUUGACACGGAUGAGAUGCGCGAGGAGUAUCCAGAUGGCUUCACAUGGAAUUGCUGUGAUAAUGCAGGGGGUGAAAAAGGUUGCGUGACUGGCAGGCAUGAGGCCCAUCCCAAUCGCUCCAAGAAGGCAUCAGGUGUUGAGCCAUCGGAAAGUGAGGAUUUGGAUGACGACGAAGAUGAGGAUGAUGAAGAUGAAUAUUAG